UCCCCUUUGAACGUUGUGUGUGUCUUGAGGCAUAAACAAAGUUAUUGAUCGAGACCUUUUGCUCAGUUGAGCGUCAUGUAUGCGAUUGCCCUUUUAGCAACCCACACCUAGAAACUAGAUCAACCCGUCCCGCCCCUCGCGACCGUGCUCUCUCGUUUCAAUGAACUAUGUUUCGCGUUGAUGUGCACCUGUCUCAAACGUCGACUGCUACUGGCCCUUGACGCUUCGACACCUUCGGGGAACAGGUAGUGGUGCGCUCAUUCUACCUGUCACCUGUGUGGAAGGGACGCUUGACGCUCCCUUCCCGUCUGGCCGUCCGGCCCCAUGAAACCUCUGCUUGUCACUCGGCCGCUGGCGAUGCCGCGGGUCACUGCCAAUGCCCGUGACCCGAUGGCUAGCAGAAGACGAGCCGUCGGGGGCGGCCGCUGAUCCAUGCCUGCUUCAUGGGGGAAGGUGAGACAGUGGCACUAAUGGCUGUGGCGUCGAUGACAACUGACCCGUUAAAUUUCGGCCAGCUUGAAGCUAUGGACCUGAGAAAUAUUGGAAAUGAGGUUAAGUUCCAAGGACUGCUCAUUGAAAUGUUGCUACUUUGACAGAGCGUUGUGUGGUUUUCUUAAACGCCACAGGGGUAAAGUGGACUCUCAUGAAAUUGGAAGAAGCUGUCAAUCAGGUAGCAACGAUUUAACAAUUGAUGCCUCAGCCUCUGAAGUAUACGAGGAAAGUGCUGUAACAUUUGAAAAAACAAACAACAGACCAGAUAGAAGUCUAAGGCGGACAGCUUUUGGGUGUUGUGCGAUGUCGGACAGGUCUAAUAAUAACUCAGCACUAAGUGGAAAUGCGUUUAGCCGCCGGAAGGAUGACCUCACAAAGAAGGCUGCCAAGGCUAAUAGAAAUGAAAAGCCCGUCAUGAUGGAUGUUUGCCUUCAAGUUGGUGAGGGCCAAAUCUCAAAUCCUGAAAAUAAGUCUUCAAAAAAUGAAACAGUCACUUCUGGGUCACCCACUAAAGAAGAGCAAGAUCCUACCAAUAAUUUUGAAGCAAAAUGUGAGGCUACUGGUUCUAGCAUAGAAGAUCAAGACAAUAAAUUUAAUCAAGGAUCUCCUAACAAAUCUAGUCAUGAUUUACCAAAGGCAGGGAAGAGUUCGCCACAAAAAUUGUGCUUGAAUCAUGAGAAAGUUGUUGUAUUUGCUGAUGACAUGAGCACAAGUGACACGGGAAAUGACAGCUCACCCCAUACUCCAGAUCAUAAUAUCUCCCCUGAUGAUUCAUCUAUGAGACUUAAAUGCAAUCUACCUCUAGGGCUUCCUAAACAGACUCGCCAAAGACUCUUUUCACAGUGUCAUUCUGCUGAUAAUCUUUUGCCAUCAUCAAUUCAUUCAUCUCCUGGAUCAACACACAGUGCUCCAGAAGCACCCCCACGUAGGAAGAAACGAUCUCCUUCACAUGAUGCACUAUUAGGACCAAGAGUUCGACCUUUAUCUGUUGGCUGUGAAGGACCCUUUGAUCACACCAAAAGUGCAUCAAAUGGAGGCGGAGAAACAUCUUCUCAUCAAAGUAAUGGAUCUACAGGAAAUUUAGCCAGGCAAUCUCUGCUAGCAGCUCAACUCUUGCAUCUCAUCCCAGCUAAUAAAGCUCGAGAACGAAAUUAUCUACAUGGAAGGAUUGCUGCAAAUUCUUUACUGGGAACAUUGGAACUUGAACGAGUACUGCCUUCACGGACCAUUCAAAUCUUUGUUGGAACUUGGAAUAUGAAUGGCCAGGCACCACCUGCAGAGCUCAACGACUUGCUUCUUCCAGAAGAGCUGGAACACGUUCCAGAUAUCAUGGUGUUCGGAACACAAGAAAGUUUUCCUGAAAGGUUUGAGUGGGAAGUUGGAAUACAAGAAACAAUCGGCCCAUCACAUGUACUUCUUCACUCCUCUGCUCUUGGCACUUUGCAUUUGGCUCUAUAUGUGCGGAGGGAUUUGAUUUGGUUUUGUUCAGUUCCUGAGGAAGCUAGUUUCAGUGUUAGGCCAGGAACAGCAUUCCGUACCAAAGGAGCUGUAGCAAUUGGUCUUAUGCUGUUUGGCACAUCUUUCCUCUUCAUAACAUCUCAUCUCACUGCUCAUGCUGAAAAGGUUAAAGAAAGGCUUAGUGAUGUAAAAAAAAUUGUGCGUUCCCUGGAUUUACCCAAGAACCUUCCAUGUAGGCACAAAAAUAAAGAUGUCACACAAAAUUUUGACUGUGUGUUUUGGUGUGGGGAUUUAAACUUCCGCCUUUCACAGCCACGAGCUGAAGUUGUAAACUGGGUAGAAAACCAACAGUUUCCUUUACCCGCCCCGUAUAAGAUGGAAAUGGAUCAAUUAACUAACAGUAUUCUCCAAGGUAUGGUGUUCAGAGGAUUUGAGGAAGGCCCCAUCACUUUUAAGCCAACUUACAAGUAUGACCCAGGAACUCAGAUGUUCGAUACAUCACAGAAACAACGUACCCCAUCAUAUACAGACAGGAUCUUAUUUAAGUGUCGACAGGCUCCCCGUCGGGCAAGCAGUUUAUUAGGGGGGUCUUUACCUAUGACAACUCCUUCAGGUGCACCAUUCCUAGUAUGCAAUAAAUAUAGUUCAGUACAAUCUGUGUGCACCUCAGACCACAAGCCAGUAUGGGGUCUUUUCAGCAGUCAUGUUAGACCAGGAAUUGAUACAAUUCCACUUGCAGCAGGAAGUUUCAACAGAGAGGUUUAUUUGGAAGGUAUCAAAAGAAGAGCAGCUGCAAUGGACAAAAGGGAAGGUGCCUCAACAGUGUGUUCUCUCCAAUAAUUACUGUGUUACUUUAAGAGAGUAACUUACUUCCCAGUGAGAAUAAUUCAAGACGUUUGAUUUGCCAUGCGUUUUCAGUUUCUGUAGGAAGUUCUACAGGUAUUAGUAUCCCUACCAAAUCAUUGGUAGCAUAUAUUGGGUGAAAAAUGUUUUUCUAGUCAGUCCUAUACAGCAAGUGCAAACUUGCAACUCUUUUAGUUUUUCUUUAUCUAAUUAAAUGCAUGUUUGCCCUUUGUUGAUAGUGGAGAACCUAAAUAACCAACCUAUUAAUUGUAUAUGCACAAUAACAAUAUGGAGUCUCAAUAUUGUUUGAAUGCCUUUCGCACACAUCAUUAUUGGAAUGUGUUCAGAUUUGUGUUUCCAUCUGUAGAGCAAAGAUUUUUCUACCCUUCAGAUUUAUAAGCCGAAGUCCUGUGAUUUUUCUUAAACCUAGAGAGUUAAGUGUUCGUGAUCCUGAAUUGAUAAAAAAUAAUUUGUGAAACAAAACCCUUAGAUGUAAGGUUUGAUGAAAUGAGAAACAGUGUGCCUGAAUAAUAUCAAUGUAUCAGCCUGACUGAAUGUGAGAGUUGAAGUAAGGUGACUGAGCACAAUUGAGAAAAAUCUCUUGCACAAUAGGAUUUUCCUAUGAAAUUUUCAUUUGAGUUACUGUUUAACCACCAAAGCAAGUAUUAUAUAUAUUUUUGUUGAGCACUUUAAAUAUGCAAGAUACAUAUUAUUUUACUUUGAAAUUUCACUUUAAAGUUAUCUAAGUGAAGUGUUUGCCAUGUACCUGGAAAAUUCCAAUUCAUACAAUACAUUCUGAGUCAUUAUUGUUAGAAUAUUAUGCUAUAACAGUGCAGAGAGAUAGUUACUCCUUGACUUCAUUGUCUCUUUAGAAGCCAUUUGUUUUUGAAAUCCUAUUUUUCUUAGAGGGAAGGGUUGAGCUAGAUGUGGAGUAAAUUCCAGAAGACUUCUAUUGAAUAAAGCAAUAAUUUUGGACAGAAAACAUCUUAUGAAGACUGAGACAUAUUCUUGCCAGGUUCCAUUCAAUUUCUGUGCAGUUGCUAUCCAUGAACUUGCAUGGGAAACAAUAGCACAACAUUUCUGUGAUUGGUGAUAUGACUCAGUCUUCAGUUAUCAGGGUAUUCGGUCUAGCUCAUUUUACAAAUUGUAAAACCAAGUUGUUGUCAAGGCAAUUCAUGUGAGACCUGUUGUUUUUCCCUAAUAAAAUUGCUGAUUGCCCUAUGA